GUGGGGGGCGGUGAGGGGCGGUGCUUGGUGCCCAUGGCAACGGGCCGCGCGCCGCCUCCUCCCCGCCGGCCGCCGCCGCCAUGAUGAUGCUGGGCCGCGGGCUGGACGCCAGGGACAAUCAGACUAGACAAAUACGAGAUGCCGUUUCAAAUGUGGAAAAGCAUUUUGGUGAAUUGUGCCAAAUAUUUGCUGGAUAUGUACGUAAGACUGCCAGGCUACGAGACAAAGCAGAUCUUCUAGUAAAUGAAAUAUAUGCAUAUGCCGCCACGGAGACACCAAACUUAAAAGUUGGACUGAAAAACUUUGCAGAUGAAUUUUCCAGACUUCAGGAUUAUCGCCAGGCAGAGGUUGAAAGGCUUGAAGCCAAAGUUGUCGAACCUCUGAAAAGUUAUGGGACCAUAGUAAAACUUAAAAGAGACGAUCUUAAAGCAACCUUAACAGCAAAGAAUCGAGAAGCCAAGCAAUUAUCUCAACUGGAAAAGACACGUCAGCGGAAUCCAUCAGAUCGACACAUUAUCUCACAGGCUGAAAGUGAAUUGCAGAGAGCUUCACUGGAUGCAACUCGUACAACUCGGCAAUUAGAGGAAACCAUUGAUAAUUUCGAGAAACAGAAAAUAAAGGACAUAAAAAACAUAUUUUCUGAAUUUAUAACCAUUGAAAUGUUAUUCCAUGGGAAAGCUUUAGAGAUUUAUACUGCUGCCUACCAAAAUAUCCAGAAUAUUGACGAAAAUGAAGAUUUAGAGGUUUUUCGGAGCUCACUCUAUCCACCUGACUAUCAAUCUCGCUUAGAUAUAGUUCGUGCAAAUUCAAAGUCCCCCUUGCAAAGAACUGGUUCCUCAAAAUCUUCCUUGAGGAUGCUACAGCAGAUUUCCAGCAGUCGACUAAGAAAAGAUGAAGAAGAGGAGGAGGAGGAGGAGGAGGAUGAAGAAGAGGAAGAUGAUGAUGAGGAAUUAGAUGCUACUAAGGAAGAGAGAUAACAAAACUGUUCUAAGUCAGCGGUUUUUAAUUGAUAGGAAAAGAAAAAAAGAGACUUAACAGCUUUGGAUGUAUAAAUGAAAAUUUUCACUGAGGUUGUAUUUUUAAAAUUCCAACAGGAGCAAGAGCUUGGUACUAAUAGUACACUGUGUUCUACAGAUUACAAAUGAUCGGUUUUGAAGAAUGGAAAUGAAUCUGCUGAAAAUGGACAAUUUCAGUACACAGAAUAUGAAACAUUUAAAUAGAAUUCUAUGUUAGAUUUGCAUAGAUGUUAUACUGCAGUCAUGUUUACAUAAACUUUCAUGGUGAACAGUGUCCAAAAACUGCACUAAGCUGACAAGCAGUUAUGAAUGUAGGAGUCUGCUUGUCACUUUGCCAAUAUAUUACCUUAUUCUCUAUACACACACACUUCUUGGGUUGCCUUCUAGCUAUACCUGCCAUACUGGUUGUUCUACAUCAUAAAGUAACUGUAGUACUCAAGAAAUCCAUCACAGCAGCAAUCCUGCUACAUUUCGUUAUCUACUGUGGCUGACAGAAGGCAGAGUGAUACAUACUGUUUUCUCAUUUUUGUUUUCCUCAGGCUUGACUGAGCUGAUUUUUAAUUGAUUCCUUUACAUGUAUAGAAUGAAGCAUUAACAAAAAUACAAGGGUCUGACCCAACAUCUACUUUUCAUACUGCUUUGCUUUUAAAUAAAAGUGCCUUCGUAAUAAAAUUAAUUUUACUAACUGA